AUGAAUUUGUUUCUGGAGGCGCCCAACCCUCCAGAGAAAGAGCGGCGGAAUCAUCAAAGAGACGCCGCGCUUGACGGGAGAUGUCAGGACCAGAUAGAAGAUGAUAGAUCCGGGGAUCAUAAUGUCCGAGUGCACUGGGCCUUAUCCAUCACCGGCCGGGGGGUGAACACUUGGCCGUUCAGAGCCUUAUAUCGAGUUACCGGUAGUCGAAUCGGAUCCGAUUUCAAUAAGUUGGGACUCCUCUGCCUGUCUGUCUCUUGCCUCGGAUCACUCCAAGAUGCAGUUUGUGGAGGUGGUAGUACUUGUGGGAUUGGCACUGGGUACGGCCCGGUCACAUUAUCUGACGCAGGAUUGGUCCACCUUUGGACAGUCGACUAGGGAUGGGCCCAGAUGUGUUCCUAUACCUUCAAAUUUUAUCUUAUGUCAUGGAAUACAGGUAGGCGAUAGGAUUACGGUAGAAAAAAAAUAAUUUAAAUAAAAUUGAUGAAAAUAUUGCUUUUAGUAUAACUCCAUGCGAUUACCGACACUUCUGGAACACGAUACAGUAGAAGAAGCCAUCCAGCAAAGUGAUGCGUGGAAUAGUUUGCUCAGAUUACAUUGCCAUCCUGAGACAAAAGUAAGCUUACCUAAUAACUGUACUGUAAUUUCCUUUUCAAAUACUGUAAUCUAUGUUUUAAGUUGUUUCUAUGCUCUUUAUUUGCGCCUGUAUGUCUUUCCGAGGUGGAUAAAAUCAUUUAUCCCUGUAAAUCUUUGUGUGAAAAGGUGAAACAAGUAAGUUCCCAUCAUCCCAAAAAUAUCGCCUCAGGGUUGUGAGCCUCGAAUGAAACAAUAUGGAUUCGAUUGGCCCGAGAUGAUGAGAUGUUCCAAGUUCCCCGAGGACAAUGACAUGUGUAUUAAACCGCAGGCAUCGGAAGAGAUCAAACACUCACGUACGUUGGCUGCUGUGUUACCUCCCGUUAGUCCGAAUACAACUACCACUACUAACUCCCCUUCAACCACCACCUCUCAACGCGCCCUCGCUUCAGAAUCCAAGAGAGAAUGUGCUAGUUGUGUGCAGAUCCCCACCUUCGAGAAUCUGUUAGACAACUUCUGCAGUUCCAACACUGGUAGGAAAUAAUCUUUCCAUCAGACAUUAUUCGUUACAGUCUUCAAAGCCAAGUUAAGUGUACUGAAUGGAACGCUGUUCAAGAUCCAUCGAGUCCAGCGCGUCUUUAAGCCUCGAUUAGCAGCAAAAAAAGAUAAAGAAGCGCAGGAUAACCACAAAUUCUUGAGACCGAGUGAUAUUAUCCAAGUAACUGAUCAGAAUGGGAAGGUAAACCAAUGUCAUUGCCCACAGAAAGUGAGGAAAGGACCACAAAAUUAUCUUAUCAUGACUGACAACAAGAUGAAUAACAUCCUCAAGGCCCGAUUACUCUUACCAUGGCAACAAGAUAAGGUAGGAAUCAUGUUAGAACGACCAAAAAUAUGAUACUUUCAGGUGUUCAAAAACGCGAUAAAGAAAUUCAACAAGGUCGAUUGUAAUUCUUUGGGACGGGAGAUCAGAGAAAGUGCGAUGAAACGGAGUAGAAACGGAUAUUGA